UUGCCGACUGCAUGCGCGCGCGGAGUUAAUAGCAACUGGAAAAAGGCGGAGUCCCUCUUCUUUAGCUUGCUGUGUCACGAUGCUCAGUCAGUGUCCGUAGAGCGAGUGUGUGUCCCAGUGAGUAGGCAGGACAUGGCGACGGUGAGAGACACGGCCGUUACCGUAGAGCUUGCUCUACUGAAGACCCGUUUCCCUGAAGAGGGCGUGGAAGACUGCGGCAGAAUUCGCUCAGAUUUCUUCUGCGCCCGUCGGAGCGGAGGGUUUUCGUAUGAAGGUCGUUUGUUUGUGAUGGACAGAGCUCUCCUCUUUGUGUCAACACACUCCAAUCAGUACGACCUGUUCAUCAGUAACAGUAAUGUCGAGCAGAUUACUGACAUGCAGCAAGGAUUCCUCCCCUCCCUCACCCUCUCUCUACCCAACCAAAAAGAAGUGUUUACCAAUUUUCACAACCUGUCUGGACUGGUUGAGCUGAUAAAUACUCUUGAACUGCCCCCACCUCUCCCGUCAGGUCAACCCUUGGCUCCUGCGUCAAUCCAGCGAAUGGCUAGUGUUCCUGUAACACGCGGCAGUCACUACCCACCAGUGGAGGUCUGUCCAUUUUUUGUGAAAAGUGGGUUUUGUCCGCGAAGGCCGCUCUGUAAAUUGGACCACUCCCCUCAUUUACGUCCAUCGUCCACUUCCCAAUCUGCUAAAAAUUCAACGAGUGGCCCGUCAAAAAUGUCAGCUGGUUCCCAGACAAAAUUUUCGGCCCCAACAAUACUCGGACAGCCAAAGAGAUUUCACCCAAUGGAAGAAAAUGAGAAGAACCCUCUCGUUAACUCUUCCCUCACCGGUGAAACUGUCGUUGCCUCGACUACUGUCACCGUGGAUACAGUUCCCAUGCUAACAGUCAGUGUUCCAGGUGCAAAGUUCAAUGAUGCGAUGCAAGGCGUAACUCAUUAUCGAAGAAGUGCAUCUUUUCCAGCUACUGAUUUGCAGAGAGUCACUGAAAGACCUCGACCGGCAAAAACUGAUCCAAUGACAUCAUCAUCAUCAUUAUUACAGGGGGCACCGGGAGAUGGGGGAGAGGGGAAACCACUCGAUAAUCAGAUGAUGUCAUUGGAAUCCGAGGUCCAGGGGGUUUCCCCUCUGAGUUCCGGUUCCAGUCCAGUUGUUCCUGAGAUGUUUGAUUUUUAUGGGACUGAGGGAGGGAGUGGAGGAGGGAGUGGGAAGGAGGGGAGGAGGAGGGGAGGUGUGUUUGUGUUUACUGCGUCACCGAGUAAGACUGCAGGGGAGACUGGGGAGGAGUGUGAGGGUGGUGAGGAUGGUGAGGAGGUGAGGAGUAAGCCGAGUGUGUUAGUGCGGCCUGGCGAGGGAGAGGGAGAGGAAGGGAACCAGCAGAACGAGAUGGUGGCCGAACUGGCGCAACAGCUGCAACUGGACUCUGACAAUGACUCAAUCCAUGGUGACCUGGACUUGGACACUCAGAGAAGGAUCUUGGACUCCCUCUCGCCUCACAGGGACCAGGAAUCUGGGCCGUCCCAUCGGGCAACGGGUCACCAGCAGUCCUCUCCGGUCAAGAGGAGACCGUGCGUCUACUUCCUGAGUGGGUCCUGUCGCAACGGUAUCUCGUGUCCCGACUAUCAUGGUCUGGACUUUGACCCCUGUGAACUAGAUGAUGCCCAGGAAUCAGAUGCUGGUGUUCAGGAGCCUGCUGCUCUGCCAAAGGAGGUCAAAGUUUACCAUGCAGACCACACCCACAUCAGCUCAGGCGACAAGAUCAUAUUGUCUUCAGAGGUCCUGGUUGCCUGUGAACAGCAGCACCUCUCCUAUCCCGUGGCAUUCAAGCUGGCCCACCCUACCUCAGGCCAGGUAGUGUACUGCGGAGUGCUGCAGUUCACAGCACCCUCCAGUGACUCCGCCCACCUCCCCUCAUGGAUGAUGGAGCAUCUCCAGGCGUGCAACGGUGAUACUGUCAGUUUCUCCCACGUGGAUCUGCCCAAAGGGACGUUUGUCAGACUACAGCCUGUCUCCUCUGCCUGGCUGGGUAUUCCCUACGAUAAGAGGAUGGCAAUGAUGGAAUUUCAACUGAGGAAUUUUCAGACACUCACGGAGGGUACAAAGGUCACGCUCACCUACGAACUGAACAGAUACACUCUCAAGGUCCUGCAGUGUAAACCAGCAAAAGGCAUAUCCAUUCUGAAUGCUGACAUUACCACCGACAUCACUGAGCCUGCUGACCUCAGCAGAUUUCACUCGGUAGUGGAGGGCCAGGCAGAGCACAUUGGUCUAGAUGAGACGUUGACUUGCUCCGUCACCUCCGGCUCCUAUAGACACUUUGUUCUGCUCUCUCUACCGGGAAGGCCCCUCCCCGAGAGAGUGAGUGUGGAGGUGAAGAUGAAGACAGGAGAUCCCGACCUCUUCCUCUGCCAGACCUGCACAGCUCCCUCCCAGAGCAGGUACACUUGGUGUAGUCAGGAAGUCGGGGACAGCUCCAUUCACCUCUGCUCCACCGACGAUGAAGACUAUGAUGUCGAGAAGCCACUGUAUGCAGGGGUGGUGAGUCUCUGUGAAGAUGCAGAGUUCUCAAUCUCAUUCAGAGACAACCCUCUGGCCACAACACCUGCAGGUGUUGGAAAGUCUCCUGGUGGUCAGAAGUUAAGGGACGCUCCCCACUUACCAAAGACCACACCCACCUCCACCAAACCAGAGUCUCUAUCAUCAUUGUUAUCGUCAUCGGAGGAGGCGGACGGUGGUCCGUCUGUUCCAGCUGGUCACGAACGCUGCCCCACAUGUGGCAGUGUCAUGCCAUCACUGAGACUUGUGAUGCACCAGAGACACUGUGCCAUCAGCACCUUCAUAUGCCCACACUGCAGAGCUGCCCUUCCAAAAGUGGCCGAAAAUAAGCACAAGUACAUUGCCCACGACCUGCUGGUGUGUGCCUGUGGACUGGAGUACACACAGGGUCCACUCCACCAUCAUCAAAAGACAGACUGCUCUAAGAGGAUGGUACCGUGUCAGUUUAAGUGGUGCAAUCUGUCAUUCCCCAUGGAUCAACUGAUGAACCACGAGAGUUUGUGUGGCAGAAAGAGAAUCUCCUGCUGUCUUUGCCAAGAGGAGGUAUCCCAGUUAGAGAUGGCGAUUCAUCUUGAAGCCUUCCACUCAGUUGACACUAGGGAUCUAGACUGGAGCAAACCUCUCCAGAAACAGGACCUGGAGUCUCGGGUGUCAAAGCCACAGUUAUCGUGUGGGUGUGGUCUUGGGUUUGAAUUCAUGGAUGAUAUGGAGGUCCACCAAUUGACUGACUGCCCACUGAGAAGACUAGCAGAAAACCAACAACUAUCUUCAACAAAGGGAGAAAUCGUGGGAUAGCUAAAGAAACGUCAUUAAAAAAACUUCACAUUUUUAUCACUGUGUCUUUGUAGUCAUGUCACUGGUUUGUGUUCAACCAUCAAUUUUAUGCGCA